CGUUGGUAUAAAUUGACAAGCAUCGCCAUGCUUCUGUCACAUUUAGUGUUGGACCUGUGAGCAACUAACCAUGAGUGGAUUUACACUAUUCCUUGUAAUGCUCUGCCUGUUGCAGAACGCAGACGCCCAGAUCACUGGCUGGACAGAAACGUCGUUUUCUAGUGUUUCCGGAGCAGGUACCGCAACUAUCUCUGCUACUGUCACCUCCAAGGUCCCUGAAAAUUCGAUCGCAGGUGCAAAACUUUUCAAUGCAGUAGCCACGAAAACCGGUUCUGGCGCAAUUGUGUACAUCAUAGCUUCCGGUAAUACCGGAAGUUUGUUUGAGAUCGAUACAGCCGGUGCCGUCAAGCUUGCUACAGGCAAGAGUCUCGACUUUGAAACUACGCCUUCCUACACCUUACAGAUAACUGCAUCGGAAACCGGCGCAACCGGGGCUACCGGGACCGCAACUCUGACGGUCAGCAUCAAAAACGUCCUCGAGUUCGGACAGACCAAGUACGACGUUAACAUGACUUGCGGAGCGACCGCAGACACGACCGUUGGGACAUACAUCGUGAUGGACAAUACCGCUAGCACAACUGUGACCUACGCAAUUACAUCCGGUAAUAUCAACAGCGAUUUCACCUUCAAUGCUACCGGCGUGCUAAAGGUAGCAACCGGAAAGACGCUGUCUCAGAAAACCACCGAGAAAUACACGAUGGUGCUGUUGGCGACGGAAUCCGGAGCAGUUGCUGACGCUGGAUCUACCACAGUUUUGAUCACCGUGGGCACAUGCGGGUGCUCUGCAUUGGCGGCGACACUGGGGCUCACUUUGGUUGCGGUGGUCAUUGCCGUUUCCACUUAA